UGCGCAUGCGUCGAGCGCCGCCACGCCUGGUCUUAGGCGGUAGACUAGAGCGGGUCUCGCUUAGUAGAGCGGGCACGUCUUGGAGCUCGCGCCUCCUGCGGCGUCGCGGUCCCUGGUGAGCCGUAGCUGGCCAGUGCCAUGAUCCGACAAGAACUCUCUACGUCCUACCAGGAGCUCAGCGAGGAGUUGGAGCAGGUGGUUGAGAACUCGGAGCAGGCCGAUGAACGAGACAAGGAGCUGGUCCAAGUUCAAGGUCCAGGUGUCGUGCCAGGCGUGGACAACGAGUCUGCCUCCAGCAGCAUCCGCUUCAGCAAGGCCUGCCUGAAGAAUGUCUUCUCGGUCCUGCUCAUCCUCAUCUACCUGCUGCUCAUGGCAGUGGCCGUCUUCCUGGUCUACCAGACCAUCACGGACUUCCGGGAAAAGCUCAAGCACCCUGUCAUGUCUGUGUCUUACAAGGAGGUGGAUCGCUAUGACGCUCCAGGGAUUGCCUUAUACCCUGGUCAGGCUCAGCUGCUCAGCUGUAAGCACCACUAUGAGGUCAUUCCACCUCUUGCCAGCCCUGGCCAGCCAGGAGACAGGAACUGCACCACGCAGAGGAUCAAUUACACCCACCCCUUCUCCAACCACACCAUGCAGUCAGCCCUGAUUGUCCAGGGGCCCCAGGAAGUGAAGAAGCGGGAGCUGGUGUUCCUCCAGUUCCGCCUGAACCAGAGCAACGAGGACUUCAGUGCUAUAGACUACCUCCUCUUCUCUUCCUUCCGGGAGUUCAUGCAAAGCCCGGACAAGGCAGGCUUCAUGCAGGCCUGUGAGAGCGCCUACUCCAGCUGGAAGUUCUCCGGAGGCUUCCGCACCUGGGUCAAGAUGUCACUGGUGAAGACCAAAGAAGAGGACGGGCGAGAAGCUGUUGAGUUCCGUCAAGAGACCAGCGUGGUUAACUAUAUUGACCAGAGGCCGGCAGCCGAGAGGAGUGCUCAGUUGUUCUUUGUAGUCUUCGAAUGGAAAGACCCCUUCAUCCAGAAGGUCCAGGAUAUAAUCACGGCCAAUCCUUGGAACACCAUCGCCCUGCUCUGCGGGGCCUUCCUGGCAUUGUUUAAAGCAGCAGAGUUUGCCAAACUAAGCGUAAAAUGGAUGAUCAAAAUCAGGAAACGAUACCUUAAACGGAGAGGCCAGGCGACAAACCACAUAAGCUGAAGCGCAGGUGCCACGGCAUUCCGACAAAGCGAGACACCAGCAAUCCUGAACUCACUUGAAGGGACCUUGCAGGGAAGGACAGCCCCAUCCGUCGCACUGGAUGCUCAAACCCGGCUCCGGAGGGAAACACCCAGUGAAUAACCUGAAACUUAUUUAAGUACUUAAAUUAUUAACAGACAUCUUGCAGAGCUGCCUAGUGCCUUGGAGAGGUUCGCAGAAGGCGGCUUCCUCCUGUUUGGUCAUUAAAUAGUUAAGCGCCAGGUUAAGGCUGCUUCUUUACCUUAGGAUUUUUUUUUCUUUAAAGUAGACUGAUGUGCCCUGUACACAGAAUUCCUUUUAUACCAUCUACUGUUACUUAACAAGAACUUGUUAGAGCCUA